AAUCUAAAUUUUUCCAGUUGACAGUUUUAUCUGCUUUUAAUCGACCUGUGCAGAGACUAUAUAAAAACUUCCCUCUCGUAAUACUUCCUUUUUUCAGCCAUCGGGGUGAAGCAACAGGAUGUUAAAGCUACUAGCCCAUGAGGAUAGGUAUGUAUUUAGCACGUAGGGAUCAUUUAACAGCAGACGAAGAAAAUAGGAUUGUCUAAUCCCUGUCUGAGUUAUAUUGUUGCAACGGAUUCCUUCUUUUGAUGAAUUUUAUGCUUUUAAUAACUGACAUUUCAAGUAGACUUUGAAAAAUGAACUGAACAGAUUUAGAAAUGGAUCUUCUGCUUUAAAGAGAAGUUUUUCCAUGUAAGCUGGUCAACAGCCGAGGGAUACACCUCACCAUGAGUUCUGGUUCUCCCUCUUGAAGGAGGGAGAAAAUUCUCCCUCUAGAAGAAUUUUUCAAGAAGACUCAAAGUUGUACUACAUGCUUCAAAUUGUGUUUAUGGAUAUCCAAUCCAAGCCAAUCCAACAACACAACACCCCACUGGACUUGGCUCUGUACCUCUAACACAACAAUACCUGAACCCAGACUCCAGCAAAGGCAGUAUUGAUUUUAUAUAUAUAAGGAGCUGCCAUGACACCAGAAGACCUCUUAAACAUUCUAGACGAUCUUGCCAAUGAGGAGUUUAUCCGAUUCAAAUGGUUCCUGCAGAAAAGUGACUGUCUUGAAGACCUCCCAACCAUCAAAAAGGCUCAACUUCAGAUGGCAAAUAGAGAGGAUACGGUUGAUCUGAUGGUUCAGACAUACAGGGUUCCUGGAGCUGUCAAGGUCACCAAGAAGGUUUUAGAAAAGAUCAACAGGAAUGAUCUCCUUAAACGUUUGCCAGUUACCACAUCAGGAACAGAAGUCAAUGGAAGUGAUGAUGAAGACUCCUCUGGGAUAUCUGGACAGGCCUUCUCUCAUACACUGGCAGGUCCUCUUCAAAAAGAAGAUCUGAUAGUUCCAGUUCCUGAGCCCCAUUGCAUCAGAUUUUACCAACAGAUGCUUCAGUCAAACUUCCAGGACAAGUUCAUGUGUGCACAGGAGGGUUGGGCUGAAGAUAAACAACGCCUGGUGGAUAUCUAUACAGAGGUCUACAUCACUGCUGGGUGUGAUGUACACAUCAACACACAACAUGAGGUCAGACAGAUUGAGAACAUUUUAAAGCCAGCAGAAGAAAUACGAGUGAAACCCAGAGACAUGUUUAAUCAUCCUUCAGGAGAGUACCAGCCCAUAAAAACCAUACUGACCAAUGGAAUAGCAGGAAUUGGGAAAACCUUCCUCGUGCACAAGUUUGUGUUGGACUGGGCUGAAAAAAAAUCCAAUCAAAACAUAGAUCUUAUUUUCCCCUUCACCUUCCGUCAGCUAAAUCCACUAAGAGCAGAAAAAUUCAGUUUAGCGCAGCUCAUCCAUGAAUGUAUCCCAGAAACUGUAGAUAUCAAAGAGGAGGCUCUAAAUUACAUCUUUAAAACGCUGCAGUCUUCUGGAAACAGCAACUAUGACAAAAGUAGAUUUAAACUACUGUUUGUGUUUGAUGGACUGGAUGAGAGCCGACUUCAUUUGGAUCUUCACAUUGAAGAUGUUCGAUCUAACGAUGUUACAAAUACCACCACACCAGAUGUUCUUUUGAGGAAACUCAUCAAUGGGAAACUUCUUCGCUCUGCUCGAAUCUGGAUAACUUCGAGACCAGCAGCAGCCAGUCAGAUUCCCAGGCAGUUUGUUAGCAGCGUGAAUGAAGUCAGAGGGUUCACUGACCUUCAAAAAGAGACAUACUUUAGGAAAAGGUUCAGAGAUGAAAAGCGGGCCAACAAGAUCAUUUCCCACAUCAAGGGAUCACAAAGUCUCCACAUCAUGUGCCACAUUCCAGUCUUCUGCUGGAUCACAGCUACCGUUCUGGAGGAUAUGAUAAAAACCAGAGGCACUGGAGAUCUCCCCAAGAGCCUGACUGAGAUGUAUACAGAGUUCCUGGUGUUUCAGAUGGAUCACACUAAAGAAAAAUAUGGCUCUGAGAUGUCUAUUCAGUUCAUCAAAUCCUUAGCAAAGCUUGCUUAUCAGCAGCUGGAGAAGGGCAACCUGAUCUUCUACGAGAAGGAUCUCAUUGAGACCAGCGUUGAUUUGAAAGAAGCCUCAGUGAUCUCAGGAGUUUUCACAGAGAUUUUCAAAGAACAGCUUGGCAGGAAAAGAAAGGAAAAGAUUUUUAGCUUUGUUCAUCUGAGCGUUCAGGAGUUCUUAGCUGCUGUCUAUGUGAGGAUGUGUCUUAGUAACAGCAGCAAACACUUGUUUUUCACAAAACCAUCAAUGAAAAAUCUUCAGGUUUUUUUCAACAACCCAUCUUCAACAAAGAUUGACAGGAUUCACAUUGACAAAGCACUGCGGUCCCCAAAUGGACACUUGGAUCUUUUCCUUCGCUUUUUUCUCGGUCUUUCCCUGCCCAGAAACCAAGAUAAGCUAAAGGACUUGUUGGAAAAAGCAAACAGUAGUUUAAUGACCAAUGAGAAAACUGUUCAGUACAUCAAGAAGAAGAUUGGGGAGGAUCUGUCUGUAGAGAAACGCAUUAAUCUGUUUCACUGCCUGAAUGAACUGAACGACCACUCUCUGGUAGAGGAGAUACAGCUUUACCUGAGAUCAGGAAGGCUCUCUACAGACAAACUGUCCCCAGCUCAGUGGUCAGCUCUGCUCUUUAUCUUGCUUUCGACCAAAGAUCUGGAUGUGUUCGACCUAAAGAAAUACUCUGCUUCAGAGGAGGCUCUUCUGAGGCUCCUGCCAGUGGUUAAAUCUUCCUGCAAAGCUCUGCUGAGUGAAUGUAAUCUGACUGAGAGAUGCUGUGAAGCUCUUGGUGAUCUACUCAUCUCAGAUUCUUGUGGUUUGAAGGAUUUGGACCUGAGCAAAAAUAUCCUACAGGAUUCAGGACUGGAGCUGUUGUUGGCUGGAAAGGAGAACCCACUCUGUAAGCUGGAGAUUCUCAGGUUAUACCAGGUUGGCGUCACAGGAAGAAGCUGUCAGGAGUUAUCAUCAGUCCUCAGCUCAAAGUUCUGUUGUUUGAGAGAGCUGGACUUGAGCAGCAACGACCUGCAGGACUCAGGAGUAAAGCUGCUCUGUGCUGCUCUGGGAAGUCCUCAAUGCUCUGUGGAAACUCUCAGGUUAAAUCAAACAUCAAUCACAGAGAGCUGCUGCGAGGAGUUAUCAUCAGUGUUCUGCUCCCAGUCUUCCAAACUGAAACAGGUGGAUCUAAAUAACAAUGACCUUGGGGAUCAGGGGAUGAAGCUUCUUUCUGUUGGACUUCAGAGCUCCAACUGCUUUCUGGAAACUCUCAGGUUAUCGGGUUGCAUGAUCUCAGCGAAGGGCUGUUCUUUCCUGGAGUACGCACUGCGAACUAACCCAUCCCAUCUCAGAGAGCUGGACCUGAGUUUCAAUCACCCUGGAGAUUCAGGGAAAGAUUUGCUUUUGGCUAGAUUGGAGGAUCCACUUUCCAGACUAGAGAUUCUCAGACUGGAAUAUGAUGGACAACAGAGACUAAAACGUGGUCUGAAGAAGUAUUUCUGUGAACUGACGUUGGACCUGAACACGGCCCACAUAAAGCUCCAACUGUCCCACGGCAACAGGAAAGUGGCCACAGUAAAAGAGGAGCAGCCCUAUCCAGAUCAUCCCAACAGGUUUCACUUCAGUCAGCUGCUCUGCACGGACGCACUGGUUGGCCGCUCCUACUGGGAGGUGGAGUGGGAAGGAGUGGUUCACAUAGCUGUGAGUUAUAUAGGAAUCGGAAGGAAAGGAACUAGAGGUGAAUGCUUGUUUGGAAGAAAUGAAAAGUCCUGGAGUCUGAGCUGCUCUACCAUUGGUUACGCCGUCUGCCACAAUCAGAAAGAGGUUGUUCUUUCCUCCUCCUAUGUCUCCAACCGUGUAGCAGUGUAUGUGGACUUUCCUGCCGGUGUUCUGUCUUUCUACAGAGUCUCUUCUGACAUACUAAUCCACCUCUAUACCUUUAACAUCAUAUUCACUGAACCUCUUUAUGCUGGUUUUGGGUUCUGGUAUGGUGGGCAGGGAUCCUCAGCUUAUCUCAUCUCUCCAUAGAAGAACAAACCUCCUUGUGGUGGAUCCUGUCAAAAAAACAGUUUAAAAACACGACCAAAAACUACCAUCUUUAAAAUUACUUAAAGUAUAAUGCAGGAAAAAUAGUUAAAGGAA